CUUAUGAUAAAUAUGAUUUCCCACUUUCCAAUUUGAUUGCUGACGUUGAGUGUUUUGUCAAGGGUCAGGAUCACUUGGACAGUGAUGGUCGUAACGGCAUUCGUAUUACACUAUGCAACUUGAUUCAUAAUUUUAUGACCAAUCUCAGGUGUCGUAGACCAUUACACUGUGUGGAUGUAAUUUUGAAUCAUUGGAGUCGAAUGACUAAAGACUUUUUAAAGAAUAACGAUCGUAUUUGUGUUGUUGGUUCUGAUAAGGGAAAUAGAACAGUUGUUAUGUGCAGAGCUGAGUACCAAAGUAAAAUGUUAUCUUUAUUGUCUGACACGACAACCUAUUUAGAGACGUUUGGUGAUCCUACCUCAAGAAUUCAGACUGCCGUCAAUUCUUUGAUAAGUCGAUUGCAGAGAUUGGGAUGUUUGUCUGAUGAGAGAGCGAAGAAAAUGAGGUGCUAUAACACUGUGUCACCGAAGGCAUACGGUCUUGUUAAGUUGCACAAAGAACAUCACCCUUUGAGGCCUGUUAUAUCAUGUUGUGGUGCUCCUACGUAUAAUAUUUCUAAAUUCCUUUCUGAAAUUCUUUCGAAUAUAAGGUACAAGUUUAUAUACUCACUAAAAAACUCAUAUGAACUUGUUGAUGAUAUUAAGGAUGUCCAUGUCCCUGAUAAUUAUAUUUUGGUGAGCUUUGAUGCUGUUUCCCUCUUUACUAACAUUCCCAAGUCCCUGGUGUUAGAUCUGAUUGAUGAACAUUGGGGUGACCUUGAACCUCGAGUUAAUAUAUGCAAGGAUCAAAUUGUUGAGAUUGUUAAGUUUGUUUUCGAUAACAGCUAUUGCAGGUUUGACGGUAGAUUUUUCAUUCAAAAGAGAGGAUCUGCAAUGGGUAAUCCUGCUUCUCCCGUUCUUGCUGAGAUUGUGAUGGAUAGUGUUAUUAGGUUUGUUCUGUCUCGUUUGAAUUUUGUGGUACCUCUGAUUCGUGUUUAUGUGGAUGACAUUUUUAUGAUUAUUCCUGAGGAUAGCCUACAACUGGUGCUUGAUAUUUUUAAUAGUUAUCAUAUUGACUUGAAAUUUACUUUUGAACUUGAAGUUGACGGUCGUUUACCAUUUUUGGAUGUUGUAUUGAUAAGACGUGGUGAUUCCUUAAUGACUGAUUUAUAUAAGAAACCGAUCGCUUCUAAUAGGUUGCUGCAUUUUAGUUCUGCACAUGAAAGAUUCCAGAAGGUUGCCAUUGUUAAAUCAAUAAAACACAAGAUUUUGGCAUUGAGUCAUGAAUCGUUUCAUGGCAAGAAUUUUGCAGAGCAGUGUAGGAUUUUGGUUGAUAAUGGAUACCCCAAAUAUUUGGUUAAUCUCAUUUUUCAUUCCUCCGGUAGUUUAUCGUCUGGUGUUGUGGUGUCUGGUGAGGAGCCUGAUUUGGUGACGGCGAAAAAGUGUUUUGGUCUUGUGUAUGUACCAGGGUUGACGGGUGAGUUGGUGAGGGUGAUGAAGACGGAUGAGAAUAGAAUAUGUAGUUAUUAUAGAAAAACAGUUAGAAAUUUUUGUAGUAGGUUGAAGGAUCGGGAGGAAUUGGAAAAAACUUCUAAUGUUGUUUAUAGGGUGGAUUGUCGUGAUUGUGAUGGUUGUUAUAUUGGUCAGACAAAGCAGUACUUAAAAACCAGAAUGAGUCAACAUAUUAGGGACUGUCGUAAUUUAUCGCAGGCUACUGCACUUUCUACACACGCGGUUGUCAAUGAUCACUCGUUCGAUUUUGAUAAUGUUAGGGUGUUGUAUACAGAACAAAAUUUGUCGAAAAGGUUAAUUAAUGAAAUGAUUUUUAUAAGACGUACACCUAAUACAGUUAAUUUUAGAACAGAUGUAGAUACGUUGAGCGCUGUAUAUUGUAAUUUAAUCAAAGAAAUCAGAUUAUGACAGUGAACAUAUGCGCGUUUGUCUUCCAUUAUUGUUUAACUCUUUGAUCUCACAUAUUGUUGGUUGAUUUUACGAUGUAUAAAUUCAUUUGCGUUGGAACCCUAUUUUCCCUGUGAAUUAUGUAUUCAUAUAUUAUAUCAUGUUUAUAAUUGUUAUUCUGAUGUGGUGAGUUCUCUUUCUUGUAUAUUUUAUAUAUUUAAUUGUAAUAUUUCAUAUUGUGUGAGUCUGAACAUGAUCUUAUUGGGUCAUUAUGAAAUAUAAUUGUUUGUCAAUAUAAUUUCGACUCUUAAUACAUGUCAAUUUUAUUUUUAUUUUUAUUUUAUGACGUAUGUGUACUUAUCAUUGUUAUUAUUUGUAUUUUUGACGUUUGUAGUCCUUAUGAUUCUUUCUGGGUGCUCAAUUGAUUGUGUUUUCUUAUUUUUGUAGCCUGAAGAAGGAAAUAAAAGUUUCCGAAACGUCGCUGAAAGAAUAAAAGGUUUUUCAUUUGGUUCCUUGUGCCGAUAUAUACUACUGAAUUGUAUUAUUUUUGGAACGAUAUAAUCUUUGACGAAUUGAACACUGGUCAACUGGUUUGGACAUGGGUUUCUACAACGACAUUUUGAUUUUGUUUGGGAUAGCAGUGGUUGAGCAUUUCAAGAAUUUGUCUAAGGAUAACAAGAAAUUGGCGUCUGCUAUCAACAACAGAAUUUUUCUACUUAGAUGCCCCUGAAGAAGGAAAUAAAAGUUUCCGAAACGUCGCUGAAAGAAUAAAAGGUUUUUCAUUUGGUUCCUUGUGCCGAUAUAUACUACUGAAUUGUAUUAUUUUUGGAACGAUAUAAUCUUUGACGAAUUGAACACUGGUCAACUGGUUUGGACAUGGGUUUCUACAACGACAUUUUGAUUUUGUUUGGGAUAGCAGUGGUUGAGCAUUUCAAGAAUUUGUCUAAGGAUAACAAGAAAUUGGCGUCUGCUAUCAACAACAGAAUUUUUCUACUUAGAUGCCCCUGAAGAAGGAAAUAAAAGUUUCCGAAACGUCGCUGAAAGAAUAAAAGGUUUUUCAUUUGGUUCCUUGUGCCGAUAUAUACUACUGAAUUGUAUUAUUUUUGGAACGAUAUAAUCUUUGACGAAUUGAACACUGGUCAACUGGUUUGGACAUGGGUUUCUACAACGACAUUUUGAUUUUGUUUGGGAUAGCAGUGGUUGAGCAUUUCAAGAAUUUGUCUAAGGAUAACAAGAAAUUGGCGUCUGCUAUCAACAACAGAAUUUUUCUACUUAGAUGCCGUAAGAAUAACAUUUUUCCUAGUCACAUAUGUAAUGAGGUUAAGUGUGUAUAUUCCUUGUUUCGUGACAACCACCCCUAUAGGAAUAAGAUAGAUAAUAUUGUUAACAGGUUGAAAAAAGAAAUUUUGAACUUGGAGAUCAAGGUUGUUAAUUGGAAGAUUAAAAGGCUUGAAAUGGAUCGCACACGUCGUGUUGAAUUGUUAAAAGGAUUAAUCCCCCACGUAUAUAUUGAUGAUUUCUGUCGCCAUCAGCAGAUAUUUUUUGAUCGCAUGUUCCUUAAGAUUAAGAUGAGAAAUAUUGAUAAGUUUGACAGGUUAAUGAAUAACUGCCAGAGAGUUGAUGUCAUCACGGGUUCUGAUUGGCUGGUUAAUUGCACUGACUAUGAUAUUCCACCUGAAGUACAUAAAUUUCUGUCCCUGGGACCUAAAUUUUCGUUACCUUAUGAUAAAUAUGAUUUCCCACUUUCCAAUUUGAUUGCUGACGUUGAGUGUUUUGUCAAGGGUCAGGAUCACUUGGACAGUGAUGGUCGUAACGGCAUUCGUAUUACACUAUGCAACUUGAUUCAUAAUUUUAUGACCAAUCUCAGGUGUCGUAGACCAUUACACUGUGUGGAUGUAAUUUUGAAUCAUUGGAGUCGAAUGACUAAAGACUUUUUAAAGAAUAACGAUCGUAUUUGUGUUGUUGGUUCUGAUAAGGGAAAUAGAACAGUUGUUAUGUGCAGAGCUGAGUACCAAAGUAAAAUGUUAUCUUUAUUGUCUGACACGACAACCUAUUUAGAGACGUUUGGUGAUCCUACCUCAAGAAUUCAGACUGCCGUCAAUUCUUUGAUAAGUCGAUUGCAGAGAUUGGGAUGUUUGUCUGAUGAGAGAGCGAAGAAAAUGAGGUGCUAUAACACUGUGUCACCGAAGGCAUACGGUCUUGUUAAGUUGCACAAAGAACAUCACCCUUUGAGGCCUGUUAUAUCAUGUUGUGGUGCUCCUACGUAUAAUAUUUCUAAAUUCCUUUCUGAAAUUCUUUCGAAUAUAAGGUACAAGUUUAUAUACUCACUAAAAAACUCAUAUGAACUUGUUGAUGAUAUUAAGGAUGUCCAUGUCCCUGAUAAUUAUAUUUUGGUGAGCUUUGAUGCUGUUUCCCUCUUUACUAACAUUCCCAAGUCCCUGGUGUUAGAUCUGAUUGAUGAACAUUGGGGUGACCUUGAACCUCGAGUUAAUAUAUGCAAGGAUCAAAUUGUUGAGAUUGUUAAGUUUGUUUUCGAUAACAGCUAUUGCAGGUUUGACGGUAGAUUUUUCAUUCAAAAGAGAGGAUCUGCAAUGGGUAAUCCUGCUUCUCCCGUUCUUGCUGAGAUUGUGAUGGAUAGUGUUAUUAGGUUUGUUCUGUCUCGUUUGAAUUUUGUGGUACCUCUGAUUCGUGUUUAUGUGGAUGACAUUUUUAUGAUUAUUCCUGAGGAUAGCCUACAACUGGUGCUUGAUAUUUUUAAUAGUUAUCAUAUUGACUUGAAAUUUACUUUUGAACUUGAAGUUGACGGUCGUUUACCAUUUUUGGAUGUUGUAUUGAUAAGACGUGGUGAUUCCUUAAUGACUGAUUUAUAUAAGAAACCGAUCGCUUCUAAUAGGUUGCUGCAUUUUAGUUCUGCACAUGAAAGAUUCCAGAAGGUUGCCAUUGUUAAAUCAAUAAAACACAAGAUUUUGGCAUUGAGUCAUGAAUCGUUUCAUGGCAAGAAUUUUGCAGAGCAGUGUAGGAUUUUGGUUGAUAAUGGAUACCCCAAAUAUUUGGUUAAUCUCAUUUUUCAUUCCUCCGGUAGUUUAUCGUCUGGUGUUGUGGUGUCUGGUGAGGAGCCUGAUUUGGUGACGGCGAAAAAGUGUUUUGGUCUUGUGUAUGUACCAGGGUUGACGGGUGAGUUGGUGAGGGUGAUGAAGACGGAUGAGAAUAGAAUAUGUAGUUAUUAUAGAAAAACAGUUAGAAAUUUUUGUAGUAGGUUGAAGGAUCGGGAGGAAUUGGAAAAAACUUCUAAUGUUGUUUAUAGGGUGGAUUGUCGUGAUUGUGAUGGUUGUUAUAUUGGUCAGACAAAGCAGUACUUAAAAACCAGAAUGAGUCAACAUAUUAGGGACUGUCGUAAUUUAUCGCAGGCUACUGCACUUUCUACACACGCGGUUGUCAAUGAUCACUCGUUCGAUUUUGAUAAUGUUAGGGUGUUGUAUACAGAACAAAAUUUGUCGAAAAGGUUAAUUAAUGAAAUGAUUUUUAUAAGACGUACACCUAAUACAGUUAAUUUUAGAACAGAUGUAGAUACGUUGAGCGCUGUAUAUUGUAAUUUAAUCAAAGAAAUCAGAUUAUGACAGUGAACAUAUGCGCGUUUGUCUUCCAUUAUUGUUUAACUCUUUGAUCUCACAUAUUGUUGGUUGAUUUUACGAUGUAUAAAUUCAUUUGCGUUGGAACCCUAUUUUCCCUGUGAAUUAUGUAUUCAUAUAUUAUAUCAUGUUUAUAAUUGUUAUUCUGAUGUGGUGAGUUCUCUUUCUUGUAUAUUUUAUAUAUUUAAUUGUAAUAUUUCAUAUUGUGUGAGUCUGAACAUGAUCUUAUUGGGUCAUUAUGAAAUAUAAUUGUUUGUCAAUAUAAUUUCGACUCUUAAUACAUGUCAAUUUUAUUUUUAUUUUUAUUUUAUGACGUAUGUGUACUUAUCAUUGUUAUUAUUUGUAUUUUUGACGUUUGUAGUCCUUAUGAUUCUUUCUGGGUGCUCAAUUGAUUGUGUUUUCUUAUUUUUGUAGCCUGAAGAAGGAAAUAAAAGUUUCCGAAACGUCGCUGAAAGAAUAAAA